AUGAUCUAUGCCAGCCUACUCGGCGGGUCCGACUGGCCCGCCAGCCCCCGGGGACCUCGGCGGGCCCAGUGGCCCGCCCGCCCCGGGACCUCGGCGGGCCCAGUGGCCCGCCCGCCCCGGACCGGAGACCUCGGCGGGCCGACUGGGCCCGCCCCCCCGCCGGGGACCCGCAUCGGCGGGGCCCAUUGGCCCGCCCGAACCCGGAGACCUCGGCGGGCCGACUGGCCUGCCCGCCCCCCCGGGGACCUCGGCGGGCCCAUUGGCCUUCCCUCCCUGGGACCUCUCGGCGGGCCCAGUGACCCGCCCGCCCCGGGGGACCUCGGCGGGCCGACUGGCCCGCCCGCCCGCCCGGGGACCUCGGCGGGCCGACUGCCCGCCCGCCCCGCGGGGACCUCGGCGGGCCGACUGGCCCGCCCUCCCCGGGGACUCUCAGCGGGCCGACUGGCCCGCCCUCCCCCUGGGGCCUCGGCGGGCCCAGGGCCCGCCCGCCCCAGGGGACCUCGGCGGGCCCCAGUGGCCCGCCCGCCCCGGGGACCUCGUGGGCCCAGAGGCCCGCCCGCCCCGGGGGACCUCGGCGGCCCCCGGGUAGAGGCCCGGCCUGCCCCGGGGCCUGGCGGGCCCAGAGGCCCACCCCGCCAGCCCUGGGGACCUCGGCGGGCCCAGAGGCCCGCCCCCGCCCCAGGGGACCUCGGCGGGGCCCAGUGGCCCGCCCGCCCCGGGGACCUUCGGCGGGCCCAGGGGACCUCGGCGGCCAGUGGCCCCUGGGCCCCGACCCACGGGGACCUUCGGCGGCCCCAGAGGCCCGCCCGCCCGACCUCGGCGGGCCCAGAGGCCCCGCCCGCCCCGGGGACCUCGGGGGCAGUGGCCCCGCCCCCGCCCCGGGAAUCGGCGGGCCCGACUGGCCAUGCCGGACCGGGAACCUCGGCGGGCCCAGUGGCCCGCCCCGCCCCACCGGGGACCUCGGCGGCCCAGUGGCCCGCCCGCCCCGGGGACCUCGGGCGGGCCGACUGGGCCCGCCCGCCAACCCCGACCUCGGCCCGGGCCGACUGGCCCGCCCGCCCACCGGGGAGGCCCUCGGCGGGCCGACGGCCCGCCCUCGCCCCGCGGGACCUCGGCGGCCCCGACUGGCCCACCCGCCCGCCCCGACCUCGGCGGGCGACUUGCCCGCCCCGCCCGCCGGGGACCUCAGUGGGCCCAGUGGCCCGCCCGCCACCCCGGGGACCUCGGCGGGCCCAGUGGCCCCCGCCCGCCCCGAGGGACCUCCGGCGGGCCCAGUGGCCCGCCCGCCCGGGACCUCGGCGGGCCCCAGUGGGCCCGCCCCGCCCCGGGACCUCGGCGGGCCCAGUGGCCCGCCCGCCCCGGGGGGACCUGGCUGGGCCCAGUUGGCGCCAGCCCCGGGGACCUCGUCGGGCAGCGGCCCGCCUGACCCCGGGGACCUUUGGCGGCCCAGAGGCCCGCCCGCCCCGGGGGACCCCUCGGCGGGCCCAGGUGGCGCGGACACGGCGGGCCCAGUGGCCCGCCCGCCCCCGGGGACCUCGGCGGGCCCAUGGCCCCCCGCCCCCGGGGACCUCGUCGGGCCCAGAGGCCCGCCCUGCCCCGGGGACCUUGGCGGGCCCGAGGCCCGCCCCGCCCUGGGGACCUCGGCGGGGCCCAGAGGGCCCACGCCCGCCCGGGGAACCCUCGGCGGGCCCCUGGCCCCCGCCCGGGCCACCGAAAGGACCCGGCGGGCCCCGGGACGGGGACCUCGGCAGGCCCAGUGGCCCGCCCUCCGCCGGGGACCUCGGCGGGCCCAGAGGCCCCCCGCCCCGCCCGGGGACCUCGGGGCGGGUCCCAGAGGCCCCGCCACCGCCCCUGGGGACAUCGGCGGGCCCAGUGGCCCGCCCCGCCCCGGGACCGGCGGGGCCGACUGGCCCGCCCAGACCCGGGGACCUUCGGCGGGCCCAUUGCCCCUGGGCCCGCCCACCCGGGGACCUCGCGGGCCGACUGGCCCGCCCCACCGCCCCCGGGACCUCUGGGCGACUGGCCCCGCCCGCCCCGAGGGACCUCGGGCGGCCCGCGUCCCUGGCCCGCCCCGCCCGGGGGACCUCGGCGGGCCGACUGCCCCGGACCCGCCCCGGGGACCUCGUGGGGCCCCCAGUGGCCCUCCCGCCCCCGUGGGGGACCUCGGCGGGCCCAGUGGCCCAGCCCGCCCCGAGGACCUCGGCGGGCCCAGUGCGGGCCCGGCCCCAAAGGGGACCCUCGCGGGCCCAGUGGCCCCCCGCCCGGGGGACCUCGGGGCGGCCCAGUGGGCCCCCCGCCCGACCGGGGGACCUCGUCUGGGCCCAGAGGCCCGCCCGCCCCGGGGACCUCGGCGGGUCCAGAGGCCCCGCCCGCCCCGGGGACCUCGGCGGGCCAGAGGCCCCGCCCCGCCCAACCCAGGGACCUCGCGGGGGGCCCAGAGGGCCCCGCCCGCCCCGGGGACCCUCGCGGCCCCGAGGCCCAGCCCGCCCCGGGGACCUCGGCGGGCCCCAAGAGGCCCGCCCGCCCCUGGGGACCUCGGCGGGCCCAGUGGCCCGCCCGCGGGACCUCGGCGGGGCUGUGGCCCGCCCAGCCCCGGGACCCUCGGCGGGGGCCAACCGGGGACCUCGGCAAGGGGCCCAGUGGCCCGCCCGCCCCCGGGGACCUCGGGCAGGCCCCAGAGGCCCCCGCCCGCCCCACCCUGGGGACGGUGGGCCCAGUGGGCCCGCCCGCCCAGGGGACCUGGCGGGCCACGGGGACUCGGCAGGCCCAGUGGCCCCCGCCCGGGCCCCGACCUCGGCGGGCCCAAGGCCCGCAACCGCCCCGGGGGGGGGACCUCGGCGGGCCCGAGGCCCGCCCGCCCCCCGGGGACCUCGCCCGGGCCCAGUGGCCCCGUUUCCCUGCCCGGUACCGUCGGCGGGCCGACUGGCCUGCCCGUACCGGGGACCCUCGGCGGGCCCAGUGGCCCGGCCCGCCCCACCCAGGCGGGCCCAGUGGCCCGCCCCGCCCCGGGGGACCUCGGCGGACCACUGGCCCCGGGGGGCCCGCCCAGGGGACCUCGGCGGGCCCAGGGGCCCCGCCCGCCCCAGGGACCUCGGCGGGCCCGACUGGGCCCGCCCGCCCCGGGGACCCUCGGCGGGGCCGACCCGCCCGCCCACCGCCCCGGGGACCUCAGCGCCCAGUGGCCCGCCCGCCCCGGGGACCUCGGCGGGCCCAGUGGCCCGCCCGCCCCGGGGAACCCCUCGGGGCGGGCCGACUCCCGCCCCCCGCCCCGGGGACCUCGGGCGGGCCCAGUGGCCCAGCCCCCGGGGACCUCGGCGGGCCCCCAGUGGCCCGCCCCGCCCCGGGGACCGGCGGGCCCAGUGGCCCGCCCCCAGCCCCGGGGACCCUCGCGGGCCCCGACUGGCCCGGCCCGGGCCCCGCCUUUGGCGGGCCGACUGGCCCUGCCCCGACCGGGGACCUCGGCGGGCCCCGACUGGCCCCCCGCCCCGUGGGGCCUCGGCGGGGCCCAGGCCCGCCGCGGGGACCUCGGCGGGCCCAGAGGCCCCUCCCGCCCCGGGGACCUCGGCGGGCCCAGAGGCCCCGCCCGCCCCGGGGCCGGGACCUCGGGGGCAGAGGGCCCGCCCGCCCCAGGGGACCUCGGCGGGCCCAGUUGGCCCGCCCGCCCCGGGGACCUCGGCGGGCCCCAGGGGACCUCGGCCCAGGCCCAGUGGGGGCCCCGGGGGUGGGGGGUGGGGGGGGGGUUUGGGACCUCGGCGGGGGCCCAGGGAGGGGGGGCCCCCACCGUUACCUCCCCGGGGGGGACAAGGGCCCAGUGGCCCCGCCCGCCCACCCCGCCCCGGGCCCCACCUCUCGGGCGGCCAGCCCGCCCGAACCCCGGGGACCCUCGCGGGGGCCCCCCCCCCCCCCAGUGCCCGCCCGCCUCUUAGUUCCGGGGCCCAGAGGCCGGCCCGCCCCGGGGGACCUCGGCGGGCCACGGGGACCUCGGCAGGCCCAGUGGCCCGCCCGGGCCCCGGGGGACCUCGGCGGGCCCCCCCAGUGGCCCGCCCUCCCCGGGACCUCGGCGGGGGCCCAGAGGCCCCCCGCCCUCCCCGGGGACCUCGGCGGGCCCAGUGCCCGCCCCGCCCCUGGGACCUCGCGGUGCCGACUGUCCUGCCCGUACCGGGGACCUCGCGGGCCCAGUGGCCCGCCCGCCCCUGGACCUCGGCGGGCCCAGUGGCCCGCCCCGCCCCGGGGGUACCUCGGCGGGCCGACUGGCCCGCCCAGCCCCGCCCCGGACCUCGGCGGGCCCAGAGGCCCGCCCGCCCAAUCCCCGCGACCUCGGCGGCCCCGACUGGCCCGCCCGCCCGCCCCGGGGACCUCGGCGGGCCGACUUGCCCGCCCGCCCCGGGGACCUCGGCGGGUGAUGGCCCGCCCGGCCCCACCGCCUCCGGCGGGCCCAGUGGCCCGCCCCCCCGGCGGACCUCGCGGGGCCCAGACUGGCCCGCCCCGGGGCCCACCCGGGCCCGGGCCCGCCCGCCCCGGGGCCCCACCUCGGCGGGCCCAAAAGCCCGCCCCGGGGACUCGCGGGGCCCAGUGGCCCGCCGCCCCGGGGACCUCCUCGGCGGUCCAGUGGCCCGCCCGCCCCGGGGACCUCGGCGGGCCCUACUGUGGCGCCGCCCCAGGGCCGGGACCUGCGCCCAGUGGCCCGCCCGGGCCCACGGGGACCUCGGCGCCGACCCGGCCCGCCUCCCCAGGCCCCGCCCGGGCCCGGGGACCGGCCCGCCCGGGGACCCCGGGGACUCGCGGGCCAGUGGCCCGCCCGCCCCGGGGAGGCCCGCCCUGGCCCACCGGAUCUCGGCGAGGGCCCGGUGGCCCGCCGCCCCGGGGCCCCCCCCCACUCGGCGGGCCAGUGCCCGCCCCUCGGACCUCGGCCGCCCCAGUGGCCCGCCCGCCCCCCGCCCCGGGGGACUCGGCAGCCCGCCCGCCCCGGGGGACCUCGGCGGGCCCAGUGGCCCGCCCGCCCCGGGGACCUCGGCGGGCCCAGUGGCCCGCCCGCCCGGCUGGACCUGGCGGGCCCAGUGGCCCGCCCGCCCCGGGGACCUCGGCGGGGCCCCAGUGGCCCGCCCGCCCGGGGACCUCGGCGGGCCCAGUGGCCCGCCGGGGAUCUCGGCGGGCCUCCUGGCCCGCCCGCCCCGGGGAUCUCGGCGGGCCUCCUGGCCCGCCCGCCCCGGGGAUCUCGGCGUGCCUCCUGGCCCGCCGCCCCGAUCGCGUGCCUCCAGGCCCUCUGCCCCGAUCUCGGCUGCCUCCUGGCCCGCCCGCCCCGGGGAUCUCGGCUUGCCUCCUGCCCGCCCCGGGGAUCUCGCGUUGCCUCCUGGACCCGCCCCGGGGAUCUCGGCGUGCCUCCUGGCCCGCCUCUGCCCGGGGAUCUCGGCGUGCCUCCUGGUCCGCCCGCCGCCCCGGGGAUCUCGGCGUGCCUCCUGGCCCGCCCGCGGCCUCGGGGAUCUCGCGUGCCUCCUGGCCCGCCCGCCCCGGGGAUCUCGGCGUGCCUCCUGCCCGCCCGCCCGCCCUGGGGAUCUCGGCGUGCCUCCUGGCCCGCCCGCCCGGGACCUCGGCUCGUGCCUCCUCCCGCCCGCCCCGACCCGCCGGCCCUGGGGACCUCGGCGUGCCUACUGGCCCGCCCGCCCUGGGAUCUCGGCGGGCCUCCUGGCUCGCCCGCCCUGGGCGGUCGGCGGGCCGUGCCGCCCGCCCCGGGGACUUCUCGGCGGGCCCAGUGGCCCGCCCGCCCCGGGGACCUCGGCGGGCCCAGUGGCCCGCCCGCGGGGACCUCGGCGGGCCCAUUGGCGGCCCGCCCCGACCGGGGACUCGGCGUGCCCAGUGGCCCGCCGCCCUGGGAUCUCGGCGGGCCGACUGGCCCUCGCCCCGGGGACCUCGGCGGGCCCGACUGGCCCGCCCACGCCCCGGGGAACAUCGCGGGCCCAGUGGCCCGCCCUCCCCGGGGACCUCGGCGGGCCCAGUGGCCCGCCCGCCCCGGGGACCUCGCGGGCCGACUGGGCCGCCCCGGGCCCCGGGGAACUCGGCGGGCCGACUGGCCCGCCCGCCCCGGGGAACUCGCGGGACCUCAGCGGCCGACUGGCCCGCCCGCCCGGGGACCUCGGCGGGCCCAGUGGCCCGCCCUCCCCGGGGACCUCGGCGGGCCGACUGUCCCGCCGCCCUCCCCCGCCCCGGGGAUCUCGGCAGGCCGACUGUACCCGCCCGCCCCGGGGACAUCGGCGGGUCCAGUGGCCCGCAGCCCCGGGGCCCCGGGGACCUCGGCUGGCCGACUGGCCCGCGCGCCCCGGCACCUCGGCGGCCGACUGGCCCGCCCGCCCCCGGGGACCUCGGCGGCCCAGUGGCCCGCCCGCCCCCGGGGACCUCGGCGGUGGCCCGCCCGCCCCGGGGACCCUCGGCGGGCCCAGUGGCCCGCUCGCCCGGGGCGGGGACCUCGGCGGGCCCAGUGGCCCGCCGCCCGCCCCGGGGACCUCGGCGGGCCCAGUGGCCCGCCCGCCCGGGGAUCUCGGCGGCCCAGUGGCCCGCCCGCCCGGGGAUCUCGCGGGCCCUCCUGGCCCGCCCGCCCCGGGUAUCUCGGCGGGCCUCCUGGGCCGCCCGCCCCGGGGAUCUCGGCGGGCCUCCUGGCCCGCCCGCCCCGGGGAUCUCGGCGUGCCUCCUGGCCCGCCCGCCCCGGGGAUCUCGGCGUGCCUCCUGCCCGCCCGCCCCGGGGAUCUCGGCGUGCCUCCUGGCCCGCCCGCCCCCCCGGGGAUCUCGGCGUGCCUCCUGCCCGCCCGCCCCGGGGAUCUCGGCGUGCCUCCUGGCCCGCCCCGCCCCGGGGGAUCUCGGCUUGCCUCCUGUCCCGCCCGCCCCGGGGAUCUCGGCGUGCCUCCUGGCCCGCCCGCCCCGGGGAUCUCGGCGUGCCUCCUGGCCCGCCCGCCACGGGGAUCUCGGCGUGCCUCCUGGCCUGCCCGCCCCGGGGAUCUCGGUGUGCCUCCUGGCCCGCCCGCCCUGGGGAUCUCGGCGUGCCUCCUCGCCCUCCCGCCCCGGGGAUCUUGGCGUGCCUCCUGGCCCGCCCGCCCCGGGGACCUCGGCGUGCCUCCUGGCCCGCCCGCCCUGGGGACCUCGGCGUGCCUACUGGCCCGCCCGCCCCGGGGAUCUCGGCGGGCCUCCUGGCUCGCCCGCCCCUGGGCGGUUCGGCGGGCUUUGCCCGCCGUCCCUGCAGAUACUUACCCUUUGCUUAGUCUUAGAACCAGAAUAUGCCACUGA